UAAUCAACGAACUCAUAUAAAAUGAAACUGAGUAACUUACCUUGUUGAGAAAGCUAGAUUCUGACUAGCUUAUAAGUUACAGUUGCAGAAAGAAAGAGGGCAAAAAGAGUGAUUGGUGGGUACUUAAACUCAGCCAAUGCCACAGAUAAGUGAAAAAAAGAAGGUUCUUUAGUUGAAUAACAAAAGAAAAAGUUGCUGCAUUUUAUUAAGUUUAUCCAUCUGAAUCUUCAUAAAACUUUCAAGUAUUUGUUGUUAUAAUGGUUUUCUUGGAAUUACAAAGUUUUUCUUUUUUUGAAUCAUAGAAUAGAAUAACCAUUGGGCUUGCUUUUUUGUGACUCUUUUUUAUGGAAAUUGGAAGUGUAAAUGCCAUGUGGUGAGCUCAGAGGUCAGCACAUGGCUUUCUCAUACUUCAAAGUGUUGAAACAGUAGAGGGGUUUUAGAAUUUCAAGAGAAUCAGUGACAGAGGAAGACCACUAGAUUAGUGUUAGAAAAACCAAAAAAAAAUACAUUUUUUUAGGUGAGUCUAUGAAGAGGAAACAGCACAUCAAUUAAUUCUUGUUUGUAAUUCUUAAAUCUCAUUAUUUAUAACCAACUAAACCACUUGUUUUUCUUCCAUUUUACCAAGUUUUUGUAUGCACUUGACUCAAGGUAGUUGAGUGCUAUAUUUUGUUUUUCUGAAUCUUGAAUAUGUAUUGUUUGACACUUACUUAUACACUCUCAAAUCAAGAUUGGAAGUGUCAAUCAUCUUGUUGAUUGUUCAUCAAAGUUUCCAUUUUUCCCCCCUUUUCUUUAUCCAACAUUUAACUUUUUCAAGUGCUACCUGAUUGGGUAUAAUAACUUUUCUCUUUUUGUUACCCUUAUUUCUUUUGCAAAAUCUUGAAAAAAAAAAACAAAUCAAAUGUCUUGUACUAUGUCUCUUCUCAGAUGCUCAAUACCAUGGAUUGCAGUUCUGGUUCCCCCAUACUUGUUAUUUGCCAGUUUUUCAGGUUAUGGGGUUGUUUCUAUUUCCAUCACAACUUCAGUUUUGGUUGUAUCUACCAUAGCUUUCACAUUCUCAAAACAAAAACAUAAAAUCCUCAAGAAAUCAUCAGUCCAAGAAGAACCUCAAAAUGUUAACUUUGGACAAGUUGAGGAAGUUUUAUCACUCCAAAAUCCAAGAAUUGAAAAAGGGGUUGCUCAAAAUGAGAUCUUUGGACAAGUUAAGCAAGUUUUAUCAGUCAAAAAUCCAAGAAUUGAAAAAGGGGUUGCUCAAAAUGAGAUCUUUAAACAAGUUGAAGAAGUUUUGUCAGUCCAAAAUCCAAGAAUUGAAAAUGGGGUUGCUCAAAAUGACAACUUCAAACAAGUUGAGCUAGUUUCAUCAGUCCAUAAUCCAAAAAUUGAAAAAGGGGUGUCUCAAAAUGGCAACUUUGGUCAAGUUGAGCAAGUCUCAUCAGUCCAAAAUCCAAGAAUUGAAAAAGGGGUGUCACAAAAUGGCAACUUUGGUCAAGUUGAGCAAGUUUCAUCAGUCAAAAAUCCAAGAAUUGAAAAUGGGGUUGCUCAAAAUGAGAACUUUAAACAAGUUGAGCAAGUUUUAUCAGUCCAAAAUCCAAGAAUUGAAAAUGGGGUGACUCAAAUUCAUGAUUUAUUCUCAGAAAGUGAGAGUCUUGGUGGCCCCUUAUCUUCAAGUGAAGAUUCAGAUAUUGAGUGGCCAUUCUCAGGUGAGUUAGAACAGAGUCCACUAUGCUCAGAUGGUUCAAUUUCUGAUGAAGAAAGCCUUAUUGAAAUAGCACUUCCAAGUGGUCAAUUUGUAAAAGAUACUCCCAAAUUUUCUUUUCAUCAACAACACCACCAAAAGGUAGUAUUUGCAGAUUUAGUACCACAAUCCAUCUUUCAACAACAUUGCUUCAUGGAUUUCUUGGCAGAUAUAAGUGAUGUCUAUGAAGAAGACAACUUGAUAGAGAUUGACAUAUCCAUGGGAUCCAUCAAAUGUUCAGGAUUUGAGAUUUCAGCAUAAAUGUGGCUAUAAUUUAAAUUUUCUUGAUGUCUACUUGUCUAAUACUAAUUUGUUUUUAUCAAGUUACCGAUCAGAAUUGUGGUAAAGUGAUGAAUACUCUUUCAUCUCAUUGAAAAUCAAAUGGUUUCAGGUUCGAGCUCCUGAAUACAGAGUCAUCUUUGUUAGCGAACGAGAUCAUUUCUGAAGUUUUUUAUGGUGGUGGACUGAUGAAUACUCUUUCGUAGUUAAUUAAGAGGUUUUGGCUCGGAAUCCUAAAUAUAAAGUCGAAUUUGUUAGAAAGUAGGAAAGUUUCUCAAGUUUUUUUUAUCCUUGAUGGAUUUUGUGCUAGCCAAAUUACAUUUUCUAUGGUUGUGAACAGUGAAGUUUGUGCUUGCUAAUACAUUGAAUUUGCCCAAUGAAAAGAGACUUUGGAUACCAAUCAUA